CGACAUAAUAUAAAUACCACAUGUACAGAACACACGCAAACCUAUAGCGAGCCAUGCCCACCAUAUCACUGUAGAUAACAGAGAUGUACAGUCUCAACAUGAACUAUGCGAUUCUCCUACUUCUCGCAUGGAGGGCUACAUGUGUGCGGCUAUCGCACUCGGACGUGCAGCAUGUUACCAUAAAAACGCCUUUGCAAGAUACGAAGCCAGUAGACACACGCAUCGUCGACCCAGCGUCUGCAUAUGCUUAUCCCCACACCUGGGCAACCGUAGACAAACUGGAUAUCAAAACGUUCAUAACCCCUGAGACCGGUAACAACAAUUGGACUACGGUUUACAACAACAAACGUGGACAACCCAAGAAGACAAUGGGAGUGUGCAUAGACAGUGUGGAUUACAAGACCCCUAUGAAUGCAUCGUGUGGCGCUAUACACGUGCGAGGCUUAUCCUCGCGUACAGCAGCGUUGAAAGGUCUGGGUAUCAAACUGUACACUAACUCAACGUAUGGGCCGUGGAGAGGCCGGCGUAAAAUACUACUCGGGAGAUCGCCCUUUGAGGAAUCACGCAUACGCAACGCUGUGGGAUAUGAUAUGCUGAGGCACAUCCCUGGAUUUGUAUCGGUUGGCUUGGGCUUCGUACAUCUCUUCGUGAAUGGGGAAGACUACGGAUUGUAUCAGGUUUUAGAAAG